AUUUACUCUUAGGACUUUUGUUUAUACAGUUCAUAUCUUUCAAUCUACUUAUCCUCCAAGUUUACAGCGUGAUUGAAAGAGAAAACACUUUAUUAUAAUUUAUAAAGUUCACAAUUUAUAACUAUGGCAUCUGAUCCAGCAAGAUUAUUUGUAGGAGGAUUAAAAAGAGAAACUAAUGAAAAAAUACUGAGAGAUUAUUUUGCCAAGUUUGGCCAUGUGAAAGAAGCUCUGAUCAUGUAUGAUAAAGAAAACGGCAUUAGUAAAUCAUUCGGUUUUGUUACGUUUGAAGAUUCUUCAUCUGCUGGUAAAACCUUCCAUGAGGACCAACAUAUUAUUCAUGGACGAAAGGUGGAUGUGAAACGAGCGAUUCCGAAGAACCAACUUCUCAAUAAUCAAGAACAAAACAGUACUUGUAUUCAGAACCAUGGUAAUUAUAGGAAUGGUAGUGGUGCAGAAGUUACGUGUACGAAGAUUUUUGUGGGAGGGUUACCGAAUAAUACGAGUAAUGAAGAGCUGGAAAUUUUUUUUAAAGCAUUCGGUACGAUUAUAGAUGCAAUCUCUAUGUACAAUAGAGAAACCGGUAAAUCAAGAGGGUUUGGAUUUAUAACUUUUGAUUCGAAAGAUUCAUUAGAUAUUGUGUUGCAGAAUAGGUAUCAUCAAUUUAAAGGGUGUCAAAUAGAGGUUAAAAAAGCUACGGCUAAGAUUGAAAAUAAUAAUAAAAAUUGUGGGGGAAUUCAUAAUUUUUCAUAUUUUAUGGGACCUUACUAUAUUUUGGGUUCUACAAUUCCGUAUUGGUAUUUAGUUAACUUGGACGAUGCACAUUAUCCACCAUUUAUGAAUGGUGCUUGUGAAGCAAAUUCAGGAUAUUGCUCUCCGAUAAUGAUGAACAAUGUUAUGCAACACACUCUAACUUAACUUGCUGCAAUUGAUUCUCUUCUAAAUGUAA